GUGGUGACUUCAUAAUUAUGACGGUGUUUGGCUCCGUUAUUACUGUAGGGGCUGUGUUUAUGUUUUCAUGGUUCAAUUUCUGCAGUUACCGGUGUUUCGCGUCAGUGUGAUAAUGUAACUGUUAUGUGCCGUUUGUAACUUAUUGUGAUUUGUCUGACAGAUUCAACAGAUCGCUCGAAUACUGUUAAAAACUAUUUUUCUCCCGGGGUCUUUAUUGAUAAUACUCGCAGCGGUCUCUGCCGGUGUUUUGUAACAAAUAUUAUACAAAAAAGGCCGUUUUGGGUGUUAGUGACAAUGUACGGCACCAUGUGUUGUAAAAAGAAUCGUUAGGUUGUCGGUGAACAGGAUAUUGUCAGGCAACAUCUGAGGCCGCGUUGAAAGAAGUGGCAUUUAAUUCGAAGUGGAUAGAUGAUAUAAGUACAUAAUGACAACUUGUGGGCGAUGAAAAGGCAGGCUGAUAAAAGAUGUGCGGUUGAAUGUAACGACUUGCUAGAAGAAAUAGUCCAGUUACUUAAUGGCUACGUUGUGUGAGAUGAUAUUAGAAGAGAAACAAACGUGUUUAUGCUAAGAAUGAUGAUAUACAGUUUGUAAUGGGAAGUUAUUAUAAAGUUACAUUGCCGUUUCCACACAGUCACAUUUAUAGUAAUAAUAAUAUUAACGUAUAUAUUGGGCACAGGUACUGAUGCUUCCCUUUGAACUGUUAUAUCCUGUCCUAUAGAAUACGCUUGAAUUUUGAUUUUUGCAGAACACUUUACUUUCGUUUGUUGGUUUCUAGACCACAAUAGUUAACACUGCGUUACGCGCUCCGAUAGACUGUUGAAGUCCUUAACAUUGCGAUGAUUCAAGGAGAAAUGACCAGUGGAUGACGUGACUAUGGACACAAAAAAUUUAGCAAAAUAUCUUCCUUUAUAUUCAAGACGUAACAAACUACAGUGGGGUAGAAAGGGGGUUCUGAUCGGGGAAAGGAACGAAGAUGAGUUGUCCCAUUUACAGUGCGGACAUUAGAAAUGCAGGAAAAGCUCUGUUUAUGGAAGGACAAGGAAUGAAGUCAGCUAUGCCCUUUGCAAAGGAAAAACCCUGACAAUUGGCUGAAUUGAUUUACAGAAGCCAUGGGAAAAUUAAAUCUGGAUGGCUGGAGAGGAAUUUGAACAUUGUCCUCUCGAAUCUCGAGAGCCGUGGCCAUCCGAUGCCAAAUUAUUCCAACCUUAUGAAGUGGAACAGAUACUACUACCUGACAAUGCAAACUGUCUUGCUGUUCAGGCUUACCUUCGCAUGUGUGGUCUCAAAUAUGAAGUUGAGCUUCGCAGCAACUGUGAAUAUAUGUCACCAUCAGGUAGAGUACCCUUCCUCAAGUGCGGUGCAUUUAUUGUGGCAGAAUUGGAUCCUAUAAUUUCAUUUGUCAACAGCAAGGGAAUAUCGUUGACGAAUGAUUUGGAUACAGCUGACAAAGGAGACAUGAGAGCUUACAUGUCACUCGUAAACACUGUACUUGCAGUUGCUGAGCUUUAUAUUUGCUGGUGUGACAAAAGAACAAUGAAAGAAGUUACAUUGCCUAGAAAUGGUUCAGUUUAUCCGUGGCCAUUGAAUCAUGUUGUUAACUGGCAGAAGAGGAGUCAGGUUAUGAAGAAAUUAUCAGUUCUCGGAUGGGCAAACAAAACAUUAGAGGAGGUGUACGAAGAAGUAGAAACCUGCUGUAAUGCCUUAUCUGAGCGACUGGGUGACAAGCCAUUUUAUUUUGGAGACAAUCCAACAGAGUUGGAUGCCCUGGUAUUUGGACACGUGUUUAGCAUCUUAACAACUCCAUUGCCAAAUAACAAAUUUGCAGCCAUUCUCCGAGGCUAUUCAAACAUAAUUCAGUUGUGCAAAUUGAUUGAAAAUAAAUAUUUCAAAAGGAUUAGUCAGUAAAUUGUGCUAAUUUUGUACAAAGUAGUUUUUGUUAUAAAAAUUUAAAGGCAGUUGUAAUUCUAAAGUUUAUUAAUAAAGUUGCUUAUUUAGUUUUCUUA